AUGUCGCAACUGGGUGGAACAGCGGCUCCCGCUUCUUCCCCUUCGACCGCCAACAGCAAUCUAGCCUCACCAAACACCACUCCCACUCCCACAACAGAUAGCUCACCGACCACGUCCCCGCCCAUCCCAUCGACCAGCCCACCGAGCAACUCGAGCAUUAUCUUCGUAAACCCAACCGCAGAUGCUUCAUCAACUUCGCCCGCCGCGACUGGCACUUCGCAAACAAUACAUCCGACGGCUUCAAAGCACCUCUCUGCCGGGGCAGUAGCUGGAGUCGCCAUCGGUUGUGCCGCGCUCGGUGCUAUUCUCGCCUUUUUGUUUAUGGUGUUCCUACGUCGAAGCCAGACAAAAUCGUCGUCCAGGCAUCGUAAAGGACAUUCUCGUCUCACCCACCAAUCACUCCGAAGUGACAAGGACCCAGACAAAUCUCUUGUUCGCCCAAGCGUUACUGCCGUUGGCGCACAGACCAACGUCAACCUCGAUGCCUUCCUCCCUCAACAGGCAGAUGAUGCCAUGGUCAAGCAAAAGGUUUUGCUUUUGUUCGACCAGAUCGAACUGCACGUCGACAAUUAUUACAGUGACCAGCCUUUCCAACUGACGGUCGAGCAGCAAGGCGAACUCUCCAGAUUUGGAACUCCAGAGUUACCUAUGCCCUUAGGUGCUCUCCUAGACACAUCCAAUCGUAAGGUGGCUGUCAUCAAGCACUGCCUCGCAUUCCACGCCGUCCAGCUUGUCUCUCCCUCGAGUGCCUCGGACUGCCUGUUGCCCUCCGAGCUCUCCGACAUGCUCGUCCUCUUCACCCCAAGACCCGGUGAUCGCAAUUUCUAUCUGGCGUUUUCUCGCUGGCGUAUGCUCACAGCAUACCUCCGCCCAGACCUGUUCGACGGGAAGGAGCCUGCCUCCGCUGAACAAGACGCCCGUCUAUAUAACUUGGCCAAGACCUUUUCGGAGCGCUUCGCCGUCUUUAGUCAACCGCAGAAUGCGGAGCAAAAGGUCAAGCAUCUGGUCGAGGUGCUGCGGACUGCGGUCAGGGUGGCCUUGUGGCUGUAUUCACAGCCCUCCACGUUCAAGUUCGACUGGGGCCCGGCGUCGGAUGCCUCGCGGCGAUCGAUGCCCGCCGUCGUGACUGUGCCGUCGCUCUUAAAGACGCAUGAUAGUAUGGGCGCCGAAAUUCAACCACCACAAGUCAUUCAGCCACUUGUCAAGAGACGCGUGUGA